AACUAUUCUAGUCGCCCCCCCUACCCCACUCUAUGUACCCAAACUAAUUGAGAGGGAGAUGUCCAUAAAAACAACAUUACUGAUAACGCUAAGACCGUUUCCAAAACAGCCGUCGUUGAGCAGACCUCAGCUAACUUUCACAAAUUUAUUCUUCAGAUUUUUCGUAGUUCGUGUUUGUGAAGUAACAGAAGUAAAGAAGAAUGGAAGAUAAAGUCAAUAGUGUAGUUCACGAAGAGCAAAAGAAUGGCGUUGAGGAGAUGAAGCCGUUAGUGUCCAUCGAUCAGGGGAAUCAGUGUAAUGGUGAUGGACAGAUAAAGUCACCAGUGAUAGAACAACACAUACAACAGAGAAACGGAUACAGUGAUUCUGAGAUAUAUAGUGAUGUUCAAGGAAACGGUUUAUCAACUGCCCCCUCUCAGAUAACCAUAACUCCUAUGUGUAGUGAAUAUCCUGAACAAUAUGUUAGCUUAGAUGACUAUUACGACUACAAUCGUAACAGUUCUCACCAGCUUCAGGCGGGCAAUUGCAACAUGACUACAUAUAGGAUGAACGAAUACAAUAAUAUCAGAGAUGACAGGCAAUUAGGAGAGUACAUGAUGACUACUCCACAGCAUCAACAACAAGCUCAAGUAGUCCCCACACAGAUAACACCGAAUAACACCACAAAAAGAGUAAGGACAGCUUAUACGAGCAACCAGCUGGUGGAACUGGAAAAGGAAUUUUUCACCAGCAAAUAUUUAUGUAGGUCCAGACGAAUUAAUUUAGCGAGAGCUCUGAAUCUGACUGAACGACAAAUUAAGAUUUGGUUCCAAAACAGGCGUAUGAAGUUCAAGAAGGAGCAGAAGAACAAGGGUGGCUCUCCUUCCACUAGUCAUCCCAAUUCUCCAGACUCGCAACAAAACCCAUCGACUAACCUUAGGACCAAAUGCAAUGGUACUAUGAAGAUGCCUCCAGUAUACUCAGAUUACGCCCAAAUUAAUCAAUAUAUUCCUUAUUUGCCAAGACCGACUCAAUACAUUGGCAGGGGAUACAAUAAUUGGGAAGCCCCUGUAUAUCCCCAAAUGGGAAAUCCCCCAUACUACCCUGGAAGAAACUAUCAUGGAAGCUAUAUUCCGAACAAUUCCGCUCAAAAUAUUGCUCAUCUUCAGAAUGGAUCUAUGGUUCAUGUUAAAGAAGAAGAUAUUUCUUCCCAAUUGACAUCCCAGGAACAACAAAUUCUGAAUGCUGGUAAUAACAGCAAUUGGUUGGAUCAAAACUUGAACACCUCAUACCCUAUACUUAACGGUAAAACUACCAUUACCGAAUUGUAAUUCAAUACAAUCUUCAUCAUCAGCAUUCAUGAUGGUUUUUCUACUCCAGGAGUAGUUUUUAUAAGCGGCGCAUAUAUUACGAAGACAAAACAUCUUAAUUUCGAAAACAUUAUUGUGCAUCUUAUUUUGAUUUUAGCUUUAGCGGGAUAGCCAGUGCGUGUGAUAAUCACAUACUAACAUUUAAAGUAAUGUUGAUAUCUGAUUAUGGCAAUUUCAGUAUGUUUCUCCUAAAUUAAUGUGUCUACAUCUACAUCUGUGUCUACAUCAUGCUUGUGUUCAUGAUUAUAGUUUGAAUUAUUCAUUCAGAAUCAACGAAUUAUUGUUACAUGGAGGUUUUAUUGAUAUUAUUGUAUAGAUCAUUGUAUAUAGCUCUAUAUUUUUGUAAGAUAUAUUUCACUAUUUUCGUCCUGAAUUCUCCCAUUGAUCCAUAAAAUCGAUAGGAAAUAACUGUGAACUAUUGAAAAUACUUUGAACACAUAUUUUUUUCAAGUAAUUUUCCAAAAUUGUUACUUCAGGAAUGCUAUCAAGAUAUUGUGAAUGAAUUUUAAUUGUAUCUUUUCAUACUGAAUCGAACUACAAUCAAUGUACAUAAUAAUAUAUUUUUUGAAUUUUUGUAUUUUACAAAGAAUUGAAGGAAUUAAAAAAAAACAAAACUGUAAGAAAACUUU